AACAUAACCUUCACGUUUAUAAACCUCAAUUUCGACCAUAUUUCAUCAUAACAACUCAUCGCAAGCACAAUUUUUUGAAAUAAAAUGAAUAUACGGAACGAGUUUCAAGUAGUGGUGCUUGCCGCCGGCAAGGGCUCUCGCAUGCCCGAGCUGACAACGCAUAAACCGAAGUGUUUGCUGCCCAUUGGUGGCAAGCCAAUGAUUUGGUACCCAUUGCACAAGUUACAACAAUCUGGAUUCACAGAUGUUAUCCUGAUUGUUUGUGACAAAGACAAAACAGAUAUCCAUUCAGCCCUUGAGAAAACUGAGCUGACCAUAAAAAUUGACUAUGUGACCAUUCAAAGCACAGAUGGGGAAUGGGGAACAGCCCAAUCUCUCUGCUCUAUAGCAGACAAGAUCAAGUUAGACUUGAUCAUUGUCUCCUGUGACUUAAUUACAAACAUGGACUUUGCUGAAGUCCUCCACGUCUUCCGCAAACACGACGCUACCCUCGCAUCUCUCUACUUCCCACCAAAUAUUCAAGACAACGUUCAAAUCCCCGGUCCCAAGGGGAAAUACAAACCCGAACGGGAUUUAAUCGGCGUUGAUUCACAAACGAAUCGAUUAGUUUUUCUUGCAUCUACUUCAGACUUUGAAAGCGAUGUUUGCAUCCCACUCAAUUUAUUCAGGAAACAUCCGGGUGUAAAAAUGUUUAGUAAUUUGCUAGAUUCUCAUUUUUAUGUGAUGAAAAACUGGCUGUUGAAGUAUAUGCAUGAAAAGGAUAAAUACACUACGUUUAAAGGCGAAUUUUUGCCGCACGCGUUGAAACAACAGUUUAAACGCAAGAGUUGUGAUCAAGCGAAGAUAGAAUCAAACGUGUCCGAGAUUAAAAAUGUCAAAACCGAGGAUAUUUUCGAUUUUCAUAAAGAGAGUGCCUUAGAAAAGAAAAUACGCGAGGCUAAUGCUUAUAAUGAUCAUAUUGGUGAUUUAAAAGGAGCUUAUCAUGAUGAUAGUGUAAGGUGUUAUGCGAUUAUUACAGAUCCUGGCGUGAUUGGCGUUAGAGUAAAUACAUUGCAAGCGUACUGGUCGAUAAACGCAAAGAUUGCAACAGAAUGGGAGAAACUCUUUGGCGAUAACCUACCAUUAGUUCAAGUAGAUCCCAAAUCUAAGAAUUCAAUCAAGUCAACACAAGUUGAUAAUUGUUUUAUUUGGGAUGGCGUCACGCUGAACGAGAAAACAUCGUUUAAAAACAGUAUUAUCGGCAGUAAUACCGAAGUGGCGAGUUUUAGCAGAGUAAUCAACUCUGUUAUUAUGAAUAAUGUGAAGAUACAUGAAAGAGUUGUUAUAGAAAACUGCAUUAUUUGUGAUGAUGUUGUUAUAAAUAGUAACAGUAAACUUGAGGGUUCUAUUAUUGGCAGUAAACAAAAUCUACCGGCCGAGUCGGAACAUUCGAAAGAAGUAUUGACUGAUACGACCAUAUUAAUUGAUAAUUAGUAAUUUGUUAAUAAAAUAUAUAUUACCGAUA